AUGCUGCCAAGCUACCAAAACCGCCUUGUCUGUCAUGGCUACCCCGCUUUUGACGCUAAGGGUCGGGCCAAUGACUUUGACAUCUGGGUAGAUGACCUGCAGCUUUUCCUACAGUGCGAUAGAGCGAACGCUCUCUCCCUCUUUGACCUCACCUCUGGUGCCUCCCCUGCCCCUGCUGCUGAUGCCGACACCACUGUUCGCUCACAGUGGGCCACUCGCGAUGCUGCUGCACGUCUUGCUGUGCAUCGCCACCUGCCUACCACUGAGCGCGCGCACUUUAGUCAGUACAAGAGUGCUCAGACCUUGUAUGAUGCUGUAGUUGCGCGCUACUCUUCCCCUGCCACUGCUGCACUGAGCCGCCUCAUGCUACCGUACCUCUUCCCUGACCUUGCUGCCUUUCCCACAGCCGCUGACCUCAUUACGCACCUCCGCACUAGUGACACUCACUACCGCGCUGCGCUUCCUGCUAAGUUCUGCGCCAAGAAACCCCCCCCCCCCCCCCCCCCAUGUACAUCACUCUCUAUUACAUAUCGGUCGGUGCGGCGUCUAGCCUUAGCGGGCGACGCCGCUCUGGCAAGGGCAAGGGGGGCAAGGGCGCGGAAGGAGCUAGCGGGGGUGGUGGAGGUGGCGGUGGAGGCGGCGGAGGGAGUGGGGGUGGCGGUGGGAGUGGUGGCGGGGGUGGAGGUGUCGGUGGCAGUAGUGGAGGCGGAGGCAGCGGAGGCGGUAGAGGUGGGAGCGGAGGCGGCGGUGGUGGUGGAGGUGGAGGAGGCGGUGGUGGAGGAGGUGGAGCAGGUCGGGGUGGCGCUUCGCAGCGGAGCGGCUCCGGUGGGGUGUGGGGGUGCCCACCCCACCCAGCGCUGCUUUGGCCGCCUAACGGACGCUUGGCGUCACCUGUUCCCGGAGGCCACUGAGAUCCCCCGCUGGGGAGAGCUGUCUAGGGUAGGUGUAGCUAUCUUUGAUCUUGAUUUAGAUGCUAUUUUUGCUGCCAUGUAUGCUGUGAAUAUUAGUUAUGAGGGUGACUGUUACCGGUGUUUCUCGCCCGACCCGGGCAUUGAGACUGCUGCUCUAGGUGCUGGUGAGGCUGCUCCUCUAAGUGCCAGUGCGUCCGCGCUCUCAGGUGCUGGUGAGUUUGCGCUCUCAGGUACCACGUUGGCUUCGGCCUCCCUCACCUUCACACUUGACUCGGGGGCUUCUCGCUCCUUCUUUCGAGAUCGCACCACACUCACGCCGCUUGGUCGGCCGGUUGCAGUCUCCCUGGCAGACCCCUCUAGGGGUCCUGUCCUCUCUCACUUCUCCACUGUCCUACCGUGUCCUGCUGCCCCCUCUGGCACCUUGUCUGGUCUUUACCUCCCCUCGUUCUCGACAAACUUGGUGAGUGGUGCUGACGUCCAAGAUGCGGGGAUUCACCGGUUUACUCCUGCGAGUCAGCAGGUGACCCACUACUCAGACGCUCGCACACGCCGGCACUUGGCGAAGUUUACGCGUCGGCCGGGGUUGAGCCUGUACACCCUGACCACUGAGUCUCCUCCUGUCCUUGCGUCUGGCCAGGUAGAUGCGUUGGGUCAGGUGUUUGCUGCAGCGUCCAGGUCUGGUCCUGAGUCUGCCCCUUGCUCAUGUCGCCUCCUGUCUCACGAGACUCUCCUGUUGCACCACCGUCUUGGUCACCCCUCCCUGCCUCGUCUCCGAGGCAUGGCUUCCCGUGUCCUUGUCUCUGGUCUUCCCCGGUCCCUCCCUCCCCUUCCUCUGGGGCCUGGUCCUUCCUGCGUCCCCUGUGUCCAGGGGCGGCUACGGGCUGCCCCUCACUCCUCUAAGUUUCCCCCGACAGAGGCCUCGCUGCAAACGCUUCACAUGGAGGUGUGGGGCCCAGCCCGUGUCCGUGGACAGGGUCACGAGCGCUACUUUCUGCUGGUGGUUGACGACUACUCGCGUUACACCACAGUCUUCCCCUUGCGCAGCAAGGGCGAUGUCACUGAGCUGUUGAUCGACUGGAUCCACACAGCUCGUCUCCAGCUCAGGAGGAGCUUCGGCUCGGACUUUCCUGUUAUGCGUCUGCACUUUGACCGAGGCGGAGAGUUGUACCAGGUCCCCCCCCGGUAG